UUCCAGGGUUUAUCAAAAAAACCUAAAACCCCGACAAGAAGCAGGUAAACCCUGGAGCCAUGGCGAUCUUUCUUAGACGCGCAUUCUCCAGUCGGAACAUCCUUCUACUCCGAAGUAGCUCCCCACUUCAUGGCCGCGAGCUCUCUCAUAUGAUUAGCUACACUAACAACAAUGUCCGCAACUCAGAGACUCACCACAGGACUCUCACUCUUCCGGCCGUUGAUUUUCUCAGCGAGUGUCGCAGAGGCUUCGCCAAAGGACGCAAAUCAAAGGAUGAUGACGCUGCAAGCAAUAUUGAUGUUUCACCUGAUGUUGGACCCACUAUUAAGGCAAAUGCUUCUGCACAGAUGGAGGCUGCAAUAGGUGCAUUAUCGGGAGAGUUGAAUAAACUAAGAACAGGAAGGGCAUCUCCAGGGAUGCUCGACCACAUUAUUGUAGAAACUGAUGAUGUGAAGAUGCCCUUGAAUCAUUUAGCUGUUGUUUCAGUCAUGGAUUCCAAAACAUUAUCAGUAAAUCCUUAUGAUCCAAAUACCUUAAAAAAAUUAGAGAGCGCGAUUGUUGCUUCUCCAUUAGGCUUAAGUCCCAAAGUGGAUGGUGAGCGGCUGAUUGCAACUAUUCCACCAUUGACUAAAGAGCAUAUACAGGCUGUAUGCAAGGUGGUUACCAAGUCUUGUGAAGAUGCCAGGCAAAGUAUAAGAAGAGCUCGCCAGAAGGCAAUGGAUACAGUAAAGAAAUUAUAUUCACAUGCCCCCAAGGAUGAUCUGAAGAAAUUAGAGAAAGAGGUUGACGAGCUGACCAAAAAAUUUGUCAAGUCCGCAGAAGAUAUGUGCAAGUCGAAGGAAAAAGAGAUCACUGGAGGGUGAGAGGCGGUCUAACCAUCUCUAUUUCUGCAAGAUUACACAGCUUUUGGAACUCUCAACUUAGUAAAGCCCUUUGGUAUAAAAAAAUUUGGGUGAUCGAAUUCCAUGAUGAAGUGAGCUUUUUUCAAAAGCCGCAUCCGUCAGAGUUUGCAUUCAGAUGGCAGUUUCAAUACAAAAAUCCAGCAGAAAUCUGUUUUGAUGUGAAGAAUUUCGCUUAUAUGUUGAAAAACAUUCUGAAGGCAUUGGCAAUGAUUUGUAUGGCGUUAACCUCCAUCGUGUACUUGUAGCCCCAGAUGGGGAAUGUGGCUGUCUAGCUUUAAACGGUCCCCGCCUAAAUGAUGUUCAUCGCCUAAA